AAGCAAUAGUAGCUUAGUGAGAGGGAGAGAAGGUGGGACCCACAGGCCAGUGCACAGAGCUCACUGCAGCCGCUGCCUUGCCAGCUCCAAGACAUUCCAAGGGAUGUAGUUCCAGAGGCAAAGGAGCUUCCACCUAGGCUAUAGUGGCUGAGCCACACUCAUUUCCUGCCUUGCUUUACCCACUGGCACUUUCCUGGGGCUGCCGGGGGCUCUUUUAGGUUUUUGCUGGUUUUGUUUUUGUUUUAAACAGAGUUUUGCAGCCUGCCCCCCACAUUCACCAAACUUUUUUAGAAGGGGGAGCAGAGCUGCUCCCCUUUUUCCUGUUCAAGAAUGCCCCCCCAGGAGCUGCUGGAUUAUUCACCUACCCUGCGAAGAAACAGCACCCCAAGGGGCAGUGGCCCACAGCUGGGCAUCAAAUGUGUCCUGGUAGGUGACGGGGCUGUGGGCAAGACCAGCCUGAUCAUUAGCUACACAACAAAUGGAUACCCUGAUGAGUACCAACCCACUGCCCUGGACACCUUCUCAGUGCAGGUUCUGGUGGAUGGAGCCCCAGUUCGGAUCCAGCUCUGGGACACAGCUGGACAGGAGGACUUUGAUUGCCUCCGAUCACUUUGUUACCCUGACACUGAUGUCUUCCUUGUCUGCUUCAGUGUGGUGAACCCCAGCUCCUUCCAAAACAUUACUGAGAAAUGGAUCCCUGAGAUACGGACUCACAACCCCCAGGCGCCAGUGCUCCUGGUGGGGACGCAGGCUGACCUGCGGGAUGAUGUCAAUGUCCUCAUCAACCUGGACCGCUACCGUGGGAGGCCUGUGCCCAAGCUUCAGGCUGAAGGCCUGGCAGAGAAAAUCCGGGCACAGACCUACGUGGAGUGCUCAGCACUGACCCAAAAGAACCUGAAAGAAGUAUUUGACACAGCCAUUGUCAGUGCAGUGGAGCACAAAGCCCGGCAGGAAAAGAAGAUGACAGCCAAAGGGAUCAAAACCCUCUCCAAGUGUCGUUGGAAGAAGUUCUUCUGCUUUGUCUGAAGCUGGUUUGGCAAAAACACCUCAUGCCAGUGCUGAUCCCACACCUUCUUGGAGAGCCAUGUGACUGCACCUAUGGCUCCUGAGAGGAGAGUGCUGUGAGCUGUUGAGGCUUGGAGUCCUGGCACUUGCUGGUUUGUGGUCACAGGCCUGGGAGACAUGAAAUGGACUUCCAUUGCACCAGGUUACCAAAUGGUCCUUCUAGCUUUAAGCAUCUGGUGGACAUGCCUGUGGUGUCCCAGAUCAAUGGGAGCCUUUAAUAUACUCAGACUUGGUCCUAAAGAACAAGCAGGUUCACUAUGCCCAGUAUGACCAGUUUCAUUUCUGAAACCCAACUAAAACUUCCAAAAUCCUGUCCCAGCAUAAUCUAACUCUGGUGUAAACCUUUUGAUGGAUUCUGGAGAGCUGGCUCUAUUCUGGCCGUUCUAAAGUCUUGGUUGGGAAGAGGGAGGGGGUAAUUAAUAGAGACUACUGUGUGGUCUGAUAGGGGCUGCUCAGUUUUAAAAAGUAGGACUUAAAUGCUUCCCCUCUAGUUCUGAUCACUAAAAGGGGGUGGGGGAAGAGUGUCAUCAAGAUGUGAUAGAGCAGUGCUCGUGGGUUUGUAAAGAUACCUUACCAUGUGGGAAAGGGCUUACCUAUGAGGCAUAUCCUGGGAAGAGACCAGUGGCUGUCUGAGGGAAAGCACACUGCAAGCUGCAGUCAUCCUUGAAGCAAAACAUCGCCUAAAGAGGGCUCCAUGGUACAGAGGGUGACUGUGCUACAGCCACAUGCUCAGAAGUGAUCACUCCUUUUGGGUGCCCACUUUGAGACACCUUUGUGCCUGAUGUUGAGAGGUGCUGAGGCGUGGGACUGCUGGGCCUUAGCACCUCUGGACAUCAGGCAAAAAGGUAACGCUGUGACCAUGAGGGGUUGAUAAUGCAACAGGGAAGUGCAGUGGUGUUGAGGGAGAGAAGGAAAAGCAUGUGAUAGAAGGAAGAGAGAGAUGUGGAGUGAAGCCAAGAAGGAAGGAGAGGGGGGAAGGUGAGGAAGGAAGGAAAGGGUAAAGAGAAGGGAAGGGAGAAAAGAGGGGAAGGGGAAAGGGAAGGAAGAAAAGUUAUUCCACUAUCAUACUUGUAGGAUUUGGCUCACGAUGAAAACUCUAGUGAGCUUGCUUUUUAAAAUAUUUUUGUCCCUCAGUUUCAAAAUUCAGGAGAAAGUAGUGGGGGGACGGGAUGGACAGUUCCUCUUGUUCAAAUAAAACCAGCAGUUUAGGUGCCGUACGGCAGAACAGGAGAGAAUCGAGUUCCCCUUGUAUUGUUCAAACCUUGAGGCUGCAGGCUGAGAAUUGAGGGCCCAGGGCUCUCCUCUCUGUUCUCAGGAGUUACAGCUUGAUCCACUGAGGUCAGAAACAAAAGAAACCCUUAAAGAUCCUGCCAUAGGAAGACACCCACUCUGUCUGCUCCAUGCCCUUGCAGCGAAGGAGCCCACUUUGUCUGUGAGUCUGUUCCCUAUGAUCCUGAAAGCAGGGUCAGUUUCCCAAUGCGAUUACGUACCCUUCCUAUUACUGAGCUUAUCUCCAUUUCUAAAAAAAUUUCCACAGAGACAUUUCAAUCUAGUUUACAAGGUAGAGAACAUCAUAGGCCUGUCAUGCAAUGCUUUGGAGAGUCAGGGGGUGCUCUGCACCUGACAGUCAACCAUGCCUUUGGACACUCUCUCUGAAAUAAUGUCAGGCCAGGGGAUACAUUUGGGGGUUGUUUAUACACACACCCCUUGUCUAGGCUGACUAUAAAAACCACAGCAUUCCACAUGGGUGGCCAGAAUGUGACCCGUAGUUUAAAUGUCACUCAGAUGACAGCCACCUUCAUCUUUAACACAGAGGUGCAGUCCACUAAGAGUAGAGCCCCAAGUAUGCAGUGCAGCCAGGUAAGAUGGAGCAUUGCGUGUGGAGACUUGUAGUCUCCACUGGCUGUAUCCCUGUAUUAAAGCUGACCAUAGCUGCAAUUGUUCCCUUUUGUGCAAACUGGGUGUGGCCCUUCUGAAAUGUUACUGAGUUCAGCUGGAUCCAGUCAUGCAGGGCCAAACUAUGGAGAACGCAGAUCAGUAAUUAGAACUGAAGAGAGGUGUCCUGGGUUAUUUUGCCAUUAUACAACCAUGGGCAGGGUACUGUCAGUUGCAUAUCACUUUCAGUCAUAGAUAUAUUACUGCAUUUCUUUCCUAGCUGUGUAGGACAGCGCUUCUGUGUAACUAGUUCAGCUUCCAGGUUGGGUCUUUGUGCAUUUCCAUAAUGUAAGAACAAACCUGGAGACGGGGCCGAUAAGGAGAACACCCCCUGAGCCUGAGGAGGGGUGAAAGCACCUGCAGGAGCUCAUUGGGAGUGCUGGACUUCCCUGGUUCCCCAGUGCAGAGUGAGUGCUGUGGAGAGAGCUGGCAUUGCCCUUCAAUAGCUCUGUACGGACAAUGGGGUUGCUUUGUCCCAGGAAAGAAGCUGCACUCAGAGAUGCUUUUGUCCACUGUUCACCAUGUCUAAUGUUUGUUCAAAUAAAAUGGUCUUAUUUGAGAGUG